GGGGGUGAAUACUUUCUCAAGCCACUGUAUGUACAUGUAGGUGUAGUUAAAGUGACUAUGCAUAGAUGAUAAACAGAGUAGCAGCAGUGUAAAAGAGGGGUUGGUGGGACACAAUGCAAAUUGUCCAAGUAGCCGAUGUGUUGGAGCACCAGUUAGUCGGGCUAAUUGAGGUAAUAUUGUUGAACUUGGGUCCAACAUUUUAGACCCAAGUUAAGGCUCACCCUUUUUCCUCCAAUCAUAACGAUGGUCAUUAUGGCCAAAGUUAUAUUUUUGUUUCAUCAGACCAGAGGACAUUUCUCCAAAAAGUACGAUCUUUGUAACCAUGUACAGUUGCAAACCGUAGUCUGGCUUUUUUUAUGGCGGUUUUGGAGCAGUGGCUUCUUCCUUGCCGAGCGGCCUUUCAGGUUAUGUCGAUAUAGGACUUGUUUUACUGUAGAUAUAGAUACUUUUGUACCUGUUUCCUCCAGCAUCUUCACAAGGUCCUUUGCUGUUGUUCUGGGAUUGAUUUGCACUUUUCGCACCAAAGUACGUUCAUCUCUAGGAGACAGAAAGCGUCUCCUUCCCGAGUGGUAUGACGGCUGCGUGGUCCCAUGGUGUUUAUACUUGCGUGCUAUUGUUUGUACAGAUGAACGUGGUACCUUCAGGCAUUUAGAAAUUGCUCCCAACGAUGAACCAGACUUGUGGAGGUCUACAAUUAUUUUUCUGAGGUCUUGGCUGAUUUCUUUUGAUUUUCCCAUGAUAUCAAUUAAAGAGGCACUGAGUUUGAAGGUAGGCCUUGAAAUACAUCCACAGGUACACCUCCAAUUGACUCAAAUGAUGUCAAUUAGCCUAUCAGAAGCUUCUAAAGCCAUGACAUAAUUCUCUGGAAUUUUCCUAGCUGUUUAAAGGCACAGUCAACUUAGUGUAUGUAAACUUCUGACCCACUGGAAUUGUGAUACAGUGAAAUAAUCUGUCUGUAAACAAUUGUUGGAAAAAUUACUUGUGUCAUGCACACAGUAGAUGUUCUAACCGACUUACCAAAACUAUAGUUUGCUAACAAGAAAUUUGUGGAGUGGUUGAAAAACAAAUUUUAAAACCUGUUGAGGACAGAGGGCGCUGUUUUCACUUUGGGGAAAAUCGUGCCCAAUUUAAAUGGCCUCGUACUCAAUUCUUGCUCGUACAAUAUGCAUAUUAUUAUUACUAUUGGAUAGAAAACACUCUCUAGUUUCUAAAACCGUUUGAAUUAUAUCUGUGAGUAAAACAGAACUCAUUUGGCACAAACUUCCUGACCAGGAAGUGGAAAAUCUGAAAUCGAUGCUCUGUUCUAGGUCCUGCCUAUAAAUGGGCAUGAUACGUAUUAGUAUACAUGCACGUCAUACACCUUCCCCUAGAUGUCAAGAGCCAGUGAGAGAAGAAAUGCAGUGUUUAUCUUGGUCUGAGUUGGAAUAAAUCCUCUUGGAAUGACGUGUCACCCAUUUCCUGUUUUCAGGAAGGCACAAGGAACCGGGGUUUGCCUUUUGAAAAGCUGUCGUUAUAGGCGACUACUAUCUCCGGCUUUGAUUUUAUUUGAUACAUGUGACAAUAUCAUCGUAAAGUAUGUUUUUUCAAUAUAGUUUAAUCAGAUUAUUGAAAACAUUUUAAGCAGAUUAUUGAAGUUUUGCCGUGUUCCGUUCUCUUCCGUUUGUUGACAUGGAGAGAUUCGCGCCACUUGGCAAGUGUGCUUGCUAAAUCGAGAGGGAAAAAGGCCGUUCUAAAUCCAAACAACGAUUGUUCCCGACAAAGGACCCCUUGUACAACAUUCUGAUGAAAGAUCAGCAAAAGUAGGACCCAUUUUAUGAUGCUAUUUCAUAUAUCUGUCGAACAUGUGAACUAGUCGUUUGCGCCCAGCUUUUGGGUACUCUCUCGCCAUACCUAAGCUGUAUGUUGUAAUGAAGUUAUUUUUAGAAUUCUAACACGGCGAUUGCAGUAAGAACUAGUGUAUCUAUCAUUUCCUAUACAACAUGUAUUUUCUAGUAACGUUUAUGAAUAGUUAUUUGGUCAGAAUAGUUGGAGUGUCAUAAAAAUAUCUGCACAUUCUGGGAAAAAGAUGCUACGUUAGCACAAUGUAUAACCACUGAUUUCAGCUCUAAAUAAGCACAUUUUCGAACAAAACAUAAGUGUAUGUAUAACCUGAUGUUAUAGGACUGUCAUCUGAUGAAGCUUAUCAAGGUUAGUCAAAAAUUAUAUAUCUUAUACUGGUUUGUUACGAUCGCUAACUUUUGCUCCUGGGAAAUGGCUUGUGUCUCUGGCUAUUGUGGUAAGCUAAUAUAACGCUAUAUUGUGUUUUCGCUGUAAAACACUUAAGAAAUCGGAAAUAUUGGCUGGAAUCACAAGAUGCCUGUCUUUCAUUUGCUGUAAACUAUGUAUUUUUCAGAAAUGUUUUAUGAUGAGUAUUUACGUAUUUGACGUUGGUAUCUGUAAUUAUUCUGGUUGCUUUCGGUGCAAUUUCUGAUUGUAGCUGCAAUGUAAACUAUGAUUUAUACCUGAAAUAUGCACAUUUUUCGAACAAAACAUAGAUUUAUUGAAUAACAUGUUAUAAGACUGUCAUCUGAUGAAGUUGUUUGUUGGUUAGUUUGGUUGGUUCUUGGUUAGUUAGGUUGGCUUUGUGCAUGCUACCUGUGCUGUGAAAAAUGUUUGUCCUUUUUUGUAUUUGGUGGUGAGCUAACAUAAAUAUACGUGCUGUUUUCGCUGUAAAACAUUUUAAAAAUCGGACAUGUUGGCUGGAUUCACAAGAUGUGUACCUUUCAUUUGCUGUAUCGGACUUGUUAAUGCGUGAAAGUUAAAUAUUUCUAAAAAAUAUAUUUUGAAUUUCGCGCUCUGCCUUUUCAGUGGAAUGUGGGAGGAGUUCCGCUGGCGGAACGCCAGAGCAGUACAGGUUUUAAUGACUCCAACCUAAGUGUAUGUAAACUUCCGACUUCAACUGUAUGGUGAUGGGAUUUGUGAAAAAAAACACAUUCCUGGUUUUUAGCUCAGCUUCCUAGCUUGGCACAGACCCCAAACAUUUCUUGCAUUGGUCUGGUGAGAAUGGCACCUCAAGAAUCUGAGAAUUUGAGUUAUGCAGACACUCAGUCAGACCCAGUGUUUAUCUGACUGGAAAGUGUGUAUUUAUUCAUUUUGAUCUUGCGUAAAAGUUUGGGGAAAAGAGAUAACAGAUUCCAAUGAAAACCAUUUGGGAUCUGGCAGAAUUACAGCACAUAAACUUCUCUGGAACAGUUUGUCCACUACUCAGUGGACAACUCCAACAUUAGAAGUUGUGAUAUAAGUGAAAUAUAUUACUAUUUUGCUUCUCUCUCUCCUAAGGUUUUCAACCAAAUCCUGGCUCUCACAGACAUGCCAGGUGUGUCAUAAGAACAUGAUGUUUGGUGUUAAGUGCAAACACUGCAAGUUAAAGUGCCAUAACAAAUGUACCAAAGAAGCCCUUCCCUGCAGGAUAUCUUUUCUCCCACUCCCGCAAAUCCGCCGGGCAGAAUCUGUACCAUCCGAUAUCAAUAAUCAAAUUGACUGUACGGCAGAGUUACCAAUCCAGUUUGGCACUUUACCUAAGGUGCUAACCAAAAAGGACUACCCUCCCAUGCUGAGCCAGAUGGAUUCCAGCAGUAACCCCUCCUCCACCACUUCCUCUACACCCUCCUCGCCCAACCCCUUCCAGCAGAGCAACCCCCCCAGCGUCACCGCCACACAAUCCCUCGCCCAGACCCCAGGGGCCCCGAGACAGCCGAUUCCACUUCCCAGACGUUUCCUCUUCACCGUAUCCUGUUGGACUAGACUCUGAAGGCCACCAUGGCACUGGAGACACACAGCAACUGGCCCAAUCAGAACCUCCAUCUCAGGGACAGGAAGGAGGAUCGGUGAGUACCCAAAAUCCAUAGCGGCAGGAAUAUAAUAAUAAUAUUAAUGAAUUACAUUUGUAAAGCUCUUUUAAUUAAACAACAAUAAUCUCAAAGUGCAUACAAUUAAAUAGAAAAUAGAAAAAUAGUUAAAAAAAUAAAACAAAUAUGUACGUGCAUUCAGAAAGUAUUCAGACCCCUUGACUUUUUCCACAUUUUGUUAAAUUACAGCCUUAUUCUAAAAUGGAUUAUAUUUUUUUAAAUCCUCAUCAAUCUACACACAAUACCCCAUAAUGACAAAGUGUAAACAGUUUGUUUGAAAUUUCAUCAAAUGUAUUAAAUCUAAAAAACAGAAAUACCUUAUUUACAUAAGUAUUCAGACCUUUUGCUAUGAGACUCAAAAUGUUGCUCAGGUGCAUCCUGUUUACAUUGAUCAUCCUUGAGAUAUUUCUACAACUUGAUUGGAGUCCAUCUGUCAAUAUAAGAUCCAACAGUUGACAGUGCAUGCCGUAGAAUUGUCCGAGAAGCUCCAAGACAGGAUUGUAUCGACGCACAGAUCUGGGGAAGGGUACCAAAAUAUUUUUGCAGCAUUGAAGGUCCCCAAGAACACAGUGGCCACCAUCAUUCUUAAAUGGAAGAAGUUUGGAACCACCAGACUCUUCUUAGAGCUGACCGCCCAGACAAACCGAGCAAUUGGGGGAGAAGGGCCUUGGUCAGGGAGUGACCAAGAACUUGAUGGUCACUCUGACAGAGCUCCAAAGUUCCUCUGUGGAGAUGGGAGAACCUUCCAGAAGGACAACCAUCUCUGCAGCACUCCACGAAUCAGGCCUUUAUGGUAGAGUGGCUAUACGGAAGCCACUCCUCGGUAAAAGGCACAUGAGUUGGAGUUUGCCAAAAGGCUUCUAACGGACUCUCAGACCAUGAGAAACAAGAUUCUCUGGUCUGAUGACACCAAGAUUUAACUUUUUGGCCUAAUUGCCAAACAUCACGUCUGGAGGAAA